GCAGGAUUCCGGACAACGCCUGGUUCCUCUCGGUUCCUUCCGGCGUCGCCGGAGUGAAUUGAUCCGGGAGUUGAAGAGGGCUCCAAAGGUGGGAAGUGAAGUCAAGUGCUCAGUGGCCGGUCAGUAUAUGUCUUUUGUCCAACAUUUUGUCACCAAAAAGAGACGAAAUACUGUAGUGAAUGAAGAUUACUCUACAUUUUAGUACUACUUUUUCUACUGUAGUUGGCUUUUGAAUGAGGAUGACAAUGGAAGAGAUGAAGAAUGAAGCUGAGACCACUUCCAUGGUUUCUAUGCCUCUCUACGCAGUCAUGUAUCCUGUAUUUAAUGAGCUAGAACGAGUAAAUCUAUCUGCAGCUCAGACACUGAGAGCAGCUUUUAUUAAGGCUGAAAAAGAAAACCCAGGACUCACCCAGGACAUCAUUAUAAAAAUUUUAGAGAAAAAAUGUGUAGAAGUUAAUUUCACAGAAUCUCUUCUUCGAAUGGCAGCUGAUGAUGUAGAAGAGUAUAUGAUUGAACGACCAGAGUCAGAAUUCCAGGACCUAAAUGAAAAAGCACGAGCACUUAAACAAAUUCUCAGUAAGAUUCCAGAUGAAAUCAAUGACAGAGUGAGAUUCCUGCAGACAAUCAAGGAUAUAGCUAGUGCAAUAAAAGAACUUCUUGAUACAGUGAAUAACGUCUUUAAGAAAUAUCAAUACCAGAACCGCAGGGCACUUGAACAUCAAAAGAAAGAAUUUGUAAAGUACUCUAAAAGUUUCAGUGAUACUCUGAAAACCUAUUUUAAAGAUGGCAAGGCAAUAAAUGUGUUCAUAAGUGCCAACCGACUAAUUCAUCAAACCAACUUGAUACUUCAGACCUUCAAAACUGUGGCCUGAGAGUUGUAUAUGUUAAGAGAUGUACUUCUCAGUGGCAGUAUUGAACUGCCUUUAUCUGUAAAUUUAAAGUUUGACUGUAUAAAUUAUCAGUCCCUCCUGAAGGGAUCUAAUCCAGGAUGUUGAACGGGAUUAUUGCCAUCUUACACCAUAUUUUUGUAAAAUGUAGCUUAAUCAUAAUCUCACACUGAAGAUUUUGCAUCACUUUUGCUAUUAUCAUUCUUUUAAGAAUUAUAAGCCAAAAGAAUUUACGCCUUAAUGUGUCAUUAUAUAACAUUCCUUAAAAGAAUUGUAAAUAUUGGUGUUUGUUUCUGACAUUUUAACUUGAAAGCGAUAUGCUGCAAGAUAAUGUAUUUAACAAUAUUUGGUGGCAAAUAUUCAAUAAAUAGUUUACAUCUGUUUAA